AUGAAGUACCCCUACGACUUUGUCCUCAACGCCAAGAAACCUGGUGGCAGCGACGUUAGCCCUGGCAGAAGACUUUUGUACAGCUGCGCCGAGAGCAGAGACCCGAAAUAUGGCAACUGCCGACCAAAGGUUGGUGCAUACACCUCCAAUCCCGUCCAAGCGUUCGAGGGCAGAUGGACCGUGACGUUCUGUUCCGACUUCUGGGAAUUGGGCUACGCAGACAGGCUGUUCGAUCCACAGGUAUACAAACACAUUGAUCCCGCCGACCUCAACUCAAAGAGACCAUACGAAGCUACCAUCAUACAUGAGUACUUUCAUGUCGACUACAUGGGCUUCGCAAACUUCGCAGAACCCACUCCUGAUGCACCUAAAAUCAUUGAUGAGGAAGGCGUCAUCGAUGGUGUGCGACAGAAAAUCUACGGAGCCACUCUAGCAAACAAGUUCGCAUGGCAUGUCCCCACCGAUUCGGUCAACCUUGCAGUUUCGACAAACGCCGACACCUACGCACUCUACAUCCUCAGCAAAUGGGUCAACAAGAAGUAUGGUGGUAUCUGGAACAAGAAAACUCAAUGGAACGCUCCGGAUCCGAAUGGAGCUGGAUUGAAGCCUCGCAGUGCCAUGGUCGGCAAUGGUAUGGUCACUGGCAACACCACGGACUCGGCGGAGUAG